AUGUUGUUCGAAAUAGCACCCCUUCCCAACCUGCUGGUCCUAGCAGUACCCUUCACCAUCAUCGUCUUCUUGGUCCGCUUCAUCCGGCAAGCAGCGUUCCGCAAAACAGGACCGAAAAUUCCGCCUGGUCCGCCGGGCAGUGAUCAUGCGAAGUACUUGCAAGCUGAUCGCUGGAAUGUGUUUAAGGCAUGGAAUGAGAAAUAUGUGCUUGGGACUAUGGAGGGAGCUAUAGAUCUCCUCGAAAAAGCCGGCGAGACGUUCUCCAGCCGUCCCGACUUCGUCAUGGGCGAAUUCCUCUUCUCUCGACUCCGAGGAUUCUCCAUGGUCUACGGCCAAAAAUGGCGGAAUUGGCGCACGAUUCACAACUCGCAUUUCAGCGCCAAGGCAUCACCAGCGGCGAAGCCGAUGCAGGAGAAUGAGUCGGCGGUGCUGAUUAAGGAUUUAUUAGAGAAUAAGGCGGAGGAUGGUAUUUUGGACCGUAAACAUAAGAUUUUGAGAAGGCAUAUGGCGUCUACGAUGUUUCAGAUGGCGUAUGGACGGAGGGUCACGUCUAUGGAGGAUCCUUUGAUUAUGGAGCAUGAUGAGGUUGAGGAGUAUAUUGAAAGGGUCCCGGGCCGCUUCUUCCUCGAGAGUUGGCCUCAACUACUAUGGCUCCCAUGGUUCAGCUGGGAACCCGAGAGACGCCGAGACACCAACACAAGACUCUACAGGGCCGUAAUGAACGACGUCAAGAAGCGAAUGGAAGAGGGCACGCAAGUCCCAUGCACAACCCAAUGGGCUCUAGAACGACAAAAAGAAUUGGGCUUCGAUGACCUGGAAUUGUCUUAUGCGCUGUCUUCUCCGUGGGCUGCGGGCAUUGGAACUGUGUCUACUGCGAUUGAGAUUGCUAUCCUCGCCAUCUUGCACUACCCAGAAGCCUACGCGAAAGUCAACGAGGAAAUGGACAGAGUGGUAGGACGAGACCGUAUGCCUACUUUUGCAGACCAGCAAAGCCUGCCUUAUCUAGACGCUUUCAUCAAGGAGACUAUGAGGUAUAUCUCCCUAUCCCAUAUGCCCGUAAAGUAA